CCUACAGGCUAUAGCCAGACAGCUGGAACCUAAUAUUAUCAGAGAGUUGUGUUACAUGGGUUUGGCAGGAAAUGUAAUCGCCACUCCUUCCCGCCAAACUUGUCCUAGGGAUUCUCUUCUGUAAUUCCCGCCUUUAAUCAUCCCAUCAACUCCUGUUUAUACAGACACACCACUAUAAACCACUGUGUAUUCUUUCUUUCAUUCCCGUUAACUACCAAUGGCAUUCCGUCGUCCAGCCAACGGCCGGUCGCCGCUCGUCAAUCCCCAACGCCAAAUCACCUCUUUCUUCUCCAAAUCACCUUCUUCAACAUCCUCUCAUCCUCCUUCUCACUCACCAUCCCCUAUUUCUAACUCCAAACCUAACCCUAACCCUAACCCUAAACCUACUACAACUCCGUCGCCUCUACAAACCAAAAGCGCUAACAAACCGCCCUUAGUUAUCGGCAAUUCUCCUUCAACUCCUGCUUCCGGUGCCUCAAACCCUACCUACGGCGAUGAAGUAGUUAACCGAAGAAUUAGGGUUUACUGGCCUCUCGACAAGUGUUGGUACGAAGGUUGUGUAAAAUCGUUCGAUAAGAGUUCCGGUAAGCAUUUGGUACAGUAUGAUGAUGCUGAGGAGGAGCGUUUGGAUUUAUCUAAAGAGAAGAUUGAGCUGUUGAAGGAGCAGGUUAAGAAGUUAAAACGGUUGAGGCGGGUUUCUGUCGAAGAGGAUGAAGAUGAUGAGGCUGCAGGUGGUGUGGAAAGUGGUGGAGAUGAUUCGGCGGAUGAGGAUUGGGGGAAGAGUGUUGAGAAAGAAGUUGUUGAUGAUGAAAUGGAGGAUUUAGGGUUGGUGGAUGAGGAAGAAGAAGAAGAAGUUGUUAAGGAAGUGAAGCAGGAUCUUAAAAGGCGAAAGGUGUCCGGGACGAAAUCGGAUUCGGUUAAGAAGAUAAAGACUGAAUCUCCAAAGAUUUUGAGUCCUAAAGUUAAUAAUAAUUGUGGGAAGGCCACUAUUAUUGCUGACAAUGUUCCAGUGGGCGAUAUGGCUGAUAGAUAUGCCGCAAGAGAAGAAGAGAAAUUCAGAUUUCUUGGAAAGAACCGAAAGGAUGCAAAUAAGAGGUCCCCUGGAGAUGAAAAUUAUGAUCCAAGAACUCUAUACAUGCCUCCAGAAUUCCUGAGGAGUUUAACAGGUGGCCAGAGGCAAUGGUGGGAGUUCAAGUCAAAACAUAUGGAUAAGGUUUUAUUUUUUAAGAUGGGAAAGUUUUAUGAGCUCUUUGAAAUGGAUGCACAUGUUGGGGCAAAAGAACUUGAUCUGCAGUAUAUGAAGGGAGACCAACCGCAUUGUGGAUUCCCAGAAAAGAAUUAUGAAGUGAAUGCAGAGAAGUUAGCUCGCAAGGGUUAUCGUGUUCUAGUUGUUGAGCAGACAGAAACACCUGAUCAGGCUGAGAAACGUCGCAAACAAGAAGGUUCUAAAGACAAGGUUGUGAAACGUGAAAUAUGUGCAGUGAUCACCAAAGGGACAUUGACUGACGGAGAAAUGCUGUCAACCAAUCCUGAUGCUUCUUACCUGUUUGCAGUUGCUGAAUGCUAUGAUGAAAACCAACAAGAUGAUAGAAUAUAUGGUGUUUGUGUAGUUGAUAUUGCUACAAGCAAGAUCAUCAUUGGACAGUUUAGUGAUGAUUCAGAAUGCAGUGUGUUGAGCUGUCUAUUGUCUCAAUUAAGACCAGUGGAAAUCAUUAAACCUAAAAGAACGCUCAGCCCUGAAACCGAAAGAGUACUUUUGAGACAAACAAGAAGUCCCGUGAUAAAUGAAUUAGUACCGGUUGAAGAGUUUUGGGAUUCUGAAAAAACUAUUCAAGAAAUCAAGAAGAUUUAUCAACGUAUCAGUAACCAAUCGCAAUCUGAUAGUAAAGAUUACCUACCAGAAAUUCUCUCUGAGCUAAUGACCGAAGGCAAAAUUGGUAGUUUUGCACUCUCAGCCCUUGGUGGAACUUUAUUUUAUCUGAAAAAGGCCUUUUUGGAUGAGUCAUUGCUUCGGUUUGCAAAGUUUGAGCUACUUCCAUGUUCUGGUUUUGCUGAUGUCACCACAAAACCCUAUAUGAUUCUUGAUGCAACUGCUUUAGAGAAUCUUGAAGUUUUUGAGAACAGUGUAAACGGGGACUCUAAAGGGACAUUGUAUGACCAACUAAACCGUUGUGUGACACCAUUUGGGAAGAGAUUGCUUAAAGCAUGGCUUGCUAGACCGUUAUAUGACAUAAACUCGAUCAGAGAACGCCAAGAAGCUGUAGCUGGUGUUAAGGGAGCUAAUCUGCCUCUUGCUCUUGAAUUUCGUAAAGAUUUGUCAUUAUUACCAGACAUGGAACGGUUGCUUGCACGUAUCUUUUCUUGCAGUGAAGCUAAUGGUAGAAAUUCAAGUAAAGUUAUUCUCUAUGAGGAUGCAGCAAGGAAACAACUUCAAGAGUUUAUAAUAGUUCUCAGUGGCUGUGAUGUACUUAUAAAUGCAUGUGCUUCACUAGGUGCCAUUCUGGAAAAUACCGACUCUAAGCUGCUGCAUCGCCUUUUAACACCUGGUAAAGAUCAUUCAGAUGUUAAUGCAGCUCUUAAGCAUUUCAAAAACGCUUUUGAUUGGAUGGAAGCAAAAAGUUCAGGCCGUAUAAUUCCUCGGGAUGGGGUUGAUAAUGAGUAUGACUCCGCAUGCAGAACUGUUACAGAUAUCGAAUUUAGUUUGAAAAAUCACUUAAAGGAACAGAGAAAACUACUUGGAGACUCAUCUAUCAAUUAUGUUACUGUUGGAAAAGACUCGUAUCUUCUUGAAGUACCUGAAAGCUUAUCAGGGAGUCUGCCUAGUGAUUACGAACGACAAUCAUCCAAAAAGGGUGUCGCUCGUUAUUGGACUCCUGCUAUUAAGAAAUAUAUUCGGGAGCUCUCAGAAGCUGAAUCUGAGAAAGAGUCAAAGCUAAAAAGCAUCAUGCAGAGGCUAAUCGGGCGCUUCUGUGAGCAUCAUGUUAGCUGGAGACAGUUAAUUUCUAAGGCUGCAGAACUCGAUGUCCUGAUCAGCAUAGCAAUUGCAAGCGACCUCUAUGAAGGACCAACAUGUCGUCCACUUAUUGUGGAUUCAUCAGUUGAAAACGAAUCACCGUUUCUUGUUGCUAAUAGUUUAGGUCAUCCGAUACUGAGAAACGAUACUUUAGGGGAUGGCACUUUUGUCCCAAAUGAUGUUUCUAUAGGUGGCUCUAAUAAGGCCAGAUUUAUCCUACUUACUGGUCCUAACAUGGGUGGAAAGUCAACUCUUCUUCGCCAAGUUUGCUUAGCUGUUAUUUUGGCUCAGGUGGGUGCUGAUGUACCUGCAGAAAGCUUUAAGAUGUCUCCAGUUGAUCGUAUUUUUGUGAGGAUGGGUGCAAAAGACCAUAUUAUGGCGGGCCAGAGUACAUUUCUAACUGAGCUUCUGGAAACUGCAUCUAUGCUGUCAUCAGCAACCCAUAAUUCACUUGUGGCAUUAGAUGAACUUGGACGGGGGACAGCUACUUCGGAUGGACAAGCCAUAGCUGCAUCAGUUCUUGAGCACCUUGUCAACAAGGUCCAAUGUAGGGGGUUAUUUUCUACUCACUAUCAUCACUUAGCUUUGGACUAUCAGCAAAUUCCCAAGGUUUCGUUGUGUCACAUGGCAUGCAAAGUUGGAAAGGAGUUGGGAGGUCUAGAGGAGGUUACGUUUCUCUACAAAUUGACACCUGGCGCAUGCCCUAAAAGCUACGGUGUCAAUGUUGCACGGCUAGCAGGACUUCCUGAUGACGUGCUUAAAAAAGCCACAAUCAAGUCAGAAGAAUUUGAGACGAUGUAUGGUAACAAAAGAAACCAGUCCAACUGCACCAAUAUGACACCUGAGAUUACGGUCUUCUUUCAGAGCUUAAGAACUUGUCUUGUGGAUGCACGUUGCGGCUCUUCACCCCACGACAUAUACAAGCUACAACAUAGGGCAAAGACACUUCUGGAGCAAAAGUAGAAAUACCAACAUUGUCCACGUGUUGAUUUUUUUAAGUUGCUAAUUAAUAUUGCUUAAUCCCAGUUUUUGUAUCAUAGUAAUGAAUGUUGGGUGUAUUUUUAGAGCUAUGAAAAAAUGCAUUUUUGGGUUCCCAA